CGCGCCGGGAAGCAACGCACCAGGCGCCUCCUCCCUCCCGGCUCCCCCCCCCGCUCUUUCCGCAGCGCCCAGACCCCUGCUCAAACGCCCCCCGCGCAGGGGAGCCCGCUGCUCGGAAAGCCGCAGCCAGACCUUGAGGCAGCUGUCAGACCCCAAGCUGCUUUUCACGCCCGCUCCCGCUGCGCUGGGGAGCUUCUCUCCACUCGGGGUUACAGCGUCUGCAAGGCCAUGGCACAGCCUGCAGCGAGAAAGCCCUGCAGACAGCCAUCCCUAGGCUUCUCCUGCCAACUCGUGCGUGUGCAUCUUUCACAGAGAAUGUAGAAGGCCGGGCCAUGGAAAAGAAAUCGCACUUCAUUAAAAGAGAGUCUCCCCAAAGGGAGGUACCUGCAGUCUUGCUGGUGCUGCUACUGGUGACUGUCUUGCUCCUUAACGGCCUUCUCUAUCUCUACCUCAACAAUUUUUAUGGCUCUUCUGGACGUGCCGAUACGGACCCCAGCCUCUGCCCUUUUGGGUACUUCAAAUUAGGACCAGUGAAGAAUUGCUCCCCGUGGCUGUCCUGCGAAGCCAUAAAUAAGGAAGUAAGGAAACUCAAAUGUGUUGGUGAAGGAGCUGUGAAAAAGGUCUUUCUUUCUGAAUGGAAGGAAAACAAAGUGGUCCUUUCACAGCUCACCAACCCAGAGCUGCAGGAGGACUUUCUCCACGGACUGAAGAUGCUGAAAGCACUACAGAGCAAGCACGUCGUCCGACUGCUUGGCUACUGUGAGCAGCAGUUCACAAUUCUCACGGAGUACCAUCCUCUAGGCUCCCUGAGGGGCCUGAAUGAAACUCUGCACAUGCCCAAGUACAGGGACUUGAACACUUGGCAUCGCAGGUUCAUGCUUGCUAUAGACUACGUGAGCAUCAUUCAUUUUCUGCACAGCAGUCCCUUGGGCACCUUAGUGAUGUGUGACUCUAAUGACCUGGACAAGGUGCUCUCUCAGUAUCUCCUCACAAGUGACUUUCACAUCCUGGUAAAUGAUUUGGAUGCUUUGCCGCUUGUGAACAGGAGUGCUGGCAUCCUGGUGAAGUGUGGUCAUCGGGAGCUCCAGGGCGAGUUUGUAGCGCCUGAGCAGCAUUGGCCCCAUGGAGAAGAGGUGCCAUUUGAUGAUGACCUCAUGCCCCCCUAUGAUGAAAAAACAGACAUAUGGAAAAUCCCUGAGGUCUCCAAUUUUUUCUUGGGCCACGUAGAAGGGAGUGACAUUGCACGACUGCAUUUAUUUGACAUCCAUGCAGCGUGUAAGAAGAAGGAUCCAGCUGAAAGGCCUUCUGCUCAAGAGGUCUUAGACACCUACAGGAAAGUUUUGACUCUGCUUAUUCGGGAGGCUGCCAUGCCUGGUACUAGGGAAAUGUUGUAGUGAAUCACUGGACUGAAGUUGGUGUCCUUCCUAUUUAUUUAGCUUGCCUGAAGACUAUACUAGAGCAAAAUCUCUAUUCCCCCAAACUGAAAAGAUAAGAACCACUGAACUUGUACUUUUAUCUUUCGAUUAAAAAAAAAUUCCACGCAACUUUGGGAGCUGUGUGAGUUUCCCAUUGGCAUGUUUUAUCUAUCAUUGGGAAGGAGGAGAAGGAAGAGAAAUGAAGUUGUGUGGGUAUGGCGGGAGAAAUGUUUUCCUCAAAACCCAGAAAUUUUCUUUUAAAACAUUUAUGUAAAAAUUUUCUUUUUUUUUUUUUUUUAGAAGAAGUCUAUUUUUACUGGGAAAGUUUGAAGAAAAAAAAAAUGUUGACCCACUUGAAGUGAUUGGCAGAGGACUGGAGAGCAGAGACUGACCCAAACUGCACUCACCCAAGAGUGCCCCUUACAAGCUCUGUGCUGACUUCAGCAGCUGUCCCCUCUCAACAAGGUGGUCUUUCGCAUAUCACCUAACCACAGAGUCCUCACUUACCUCCCCAGGCAGCUAAAGCAGGGGUCAGUCAGAAGGGAGUAUUUCAGUUCACCUCACAUUUUGGUGAGCUGUGACUUCCAUGGACUAGGUCUUCGAAAGACCUAAGGGCCUGCCUGUGACAACUUUCACAUUGGUCUUGACUUGAGUGCUAAUUUGUAAGUAGAGAAGAAGUACAUUGUCCUUUCUGCUGAGGAGUUUGUGCUGAUGUUCCCCUUCAUCCAGACAAGUCACAUUAUAACUGAGAACAUGCUGUCAAUUUUUAUACACUAUGUUCAAAUGCAUGUGUGUUCUAUUGCUACUAAAAUUUUAUUACAAAUGGGAAAACUUUCCUGCAAAUGACUAAAUAUACCUGAUUCCACAGAAUGCCAGCAGGAGUGCUUUAAAAGUUGCUCAUUAUAGCUUUCCUUUCCUGCAACCAUUUUACUUUCCUGAAUUACCUGAUUUUGCCAUUUCCCAGUUGUGCGGUCCUAACUAGCAGACCUCUUGCUGGCAGCCCUUCUGCUCAGGUUGUCAGGAAGCAAAGCUGAGAAGUCAGGGUCUCAGAAGAGACUAGUGAUUUUGGGCGCUUCACGUUUGAUUGGACUUUGACUCAAAGCACCUUAAAGAAGCUUGAUGAAAAGAAAUGUGCUGUUUGCCCCAUUUAUUAAUAGGGUUAAUCAGAGUUCUGCCAUUCCAGCAUGAAUCCAGGCUGUGAAACAGCUGGAAAAGUAUUUGGUGAAGGCUAAGAGUCAGAUCCUUUGCAUGUACCACCAGCAGCAUCUUAUUACAUCUUGUUAGCUAUUAUGUAUACUUGAAAGAAAUAUCAGCAUCUGAUGACUGAAGUAAACACAGCAUUUGCCUUUUAUGAGAGUAGCAAGGACAAAUAAGAAGAACCUGCCAAGCUUCUUAUACUAGUCUCUUGGUUAAGACAAGCUUCUGCUUGGGUUCUUGCUCUGUUGUGUACUGUUGCACCUUGCAAGCAUCCAUAUUAAUUUCACAGAGCAAAGAAUAAAUUGGGACAAAUUCUGGUUCUGAAUAAUUAUCUUGCACUGGAGAUGUCUUUGUCUGUUCCUGGAUGAAACAGUUACAAAUUAAAAUGGUGUUUCACUAAACAUUCACCCUGAGCUUUGGAUCCUCUGCAUGUCUCUUCCCUUUUCCUUCCCACUCAGCUUGUGUCUUGUCCAGCCUUGUACUUCAACAGUGAAUAAAUUACGUUUGUUCUGAACAGAG